AAGGGGGUUCGGGCCGUGAACACGUCCCGACCCCACAGGCCAUGGAAUUUGUUGCUGCGACCAAAGAUGGCCUCAUUGUCUACGAUGCUUCCCAAAUUGAGGAGAGUGGUGAGAGUGGCGAUUGGAGCACCGGCAAAUGCACCGAUGGUCGCAAUGUAAAGGUACUUGCGUCGAUGCCCUGUCCACCAAAUGCCUUUGGUUUCGCUUGGAGUGACGAUGGAGCCCUCUUGGCCUCAGUCUGCGACGAGGGCGUGCGGGUCUAUGAUGCCAAUAAGCGGUACAAGGUGGUGCAGGAGCUUGAGAAGGUGGCGCCGGAUGUGCAAGGUCGAGCGGGCGGAGUGCGAGCUUUGUACUUCUCACCACUGAAGAACUUUUUGGUGACCUACGAGAAGUGGGAUCCUCAAUACCCGGAAAACGUGCAUGUGUGGGCGCUCCAGGGCAAGCGUGCUGGUGAGCGGAUCCGCUCUUGCACUCUGAAUCACUACACCAGUGGUGCCCUUCCAGUGAUGCUCAUCAAUUGGACGCCAGAUGAAUCCCAUUGCCUCGAGCUCGUGCCCGGCGUGGGUGUGGUGGUGCAUGAUGGGGAUUUGGAGACGCCCACCGAACAGGAGGAUGACGAGAGGGUCAUUCCAGAGCCCAAUAUCGCCAACUUCCUGAUCGCCCCGGCGCCGCAGCGCGAUGCGUGUUGGGUGGCCGUUUACGUGCCACAGGCCAGCAUGGUCGCUCGAGUGUCUUUGUACCACCUUAGCAAGCCCUCCAAGCUGGUGAUGGAGUUGAACCUGCCGAAGAAGGUGAAGGAUUGCCAGAUGCUUUGGAACUUUGAAGGUUCUGCUUUGCUGGCCAAUGCCAUGAGUGAUGUAGACGAGACGGGCAACUCCUACUUUGGGAGCACCUACCUCUACUGGUUGAAGCCCGAAGACCGGAAAAAAGCAGAGGUCUGUGGUGCGGACAAGGGCUUGGUGCAGGACUUGGCCUGGUCGCCAACGAGCAAUGAAUUCAUGGUGAUUGUGGGAAUGCUGCCAGCUGCUGUGAACCUCUACAAUGGGACCACAGGGAAGCUGGAGAAGAGCCUGGGGAACUCCAAGAGGAACACUCUCAAGUGGAAUCCUUUUGGCAGAUUUGCGGCAGUGGCAGGAUUUGGAACACUCCCAGGAGAUCUUGACUUCUACGAUCGCAGCAAGGACGAAACGGUUGCAUCCCUGAGGGCUGCCUUGACUGUGGACUGCUCUUGGUUCGCGGAUGGACGGCACUUCAUGGCUGCGACCGUGGCGCCGCGCAUGAACGAGGGCAACCAGAUCACGGUGUACAAGUACACAGGUGAUCCUGUCCUGAAGAUGGAGUUCAAACCGGCAGUAGUCGAAGGACGUCAUGAAGAUACGGGUGCUGGAGCCAGGACUAAGACGCAGGCGUUCCUUUUCGCUGCGCGCUGGCGGCCAGACGGCACAAAGAAGCAUGAGGACCGGGCAGCGAGCCCGCCCAGGGAUGGGGAGAAGCGUGUGAAAGGCCUGCCCACGUCGGCGGCGCCGGGCACCGCCUACGCGCCGGUCACGAAUGCCUACAGACCCAGGAAUGCUGAAGGUGGCAGCGUGAAUACAGUGGCUGCCAUGAUGCGAGGGGAAGUCGCCAUCCCUGAGGGUCCCCCGCGCGAGCGCACCGAGCCGUGGGAAACGAAACCCGUGGCCGCUCCGUUGGAUGCGCAUGAGAUUCGGAGGAUGGAGAAGGAGGCCAAAAAGCUGGCAGAACAAAAGGAGAAGGAAGCGAAAGAGCAGAAGCAGCAGGCACUCAGGGAUUUGGUGCAGGACGAGAAGGAUACCAAGAAGAGGAUCAAGGAGCUGAAACAGGAGCUGGAGGAGUUGGAAAAGCUCAAGGACAAGGAGUGGGAUGAACUCACCGAGGAGGACGAAGUCGCUCUUGAAGGUGAGGCCGCUCUGAGAGCGGAGCUUGCCAGUCUUGAGAACAAAUGAUCUUCGCGC